CCGAUUGUCCUGAGACUUAAUUGCCCUCUGGCUAACUAUAUAAUCCCUAUAGGAGGUGUACAGUAAGCUGAGCUUCCCUUGAAGCUUUGUUUUGCUCACCUAUUUUUUCUGGUCUUUCCAAUGCUGCCUACCCCGUCAGUUACGUAUUUGUUAAGCUAUACUUAUGUCUUAGGAUAACUACUUGCUUAGGGCCCAACUGCUUCUAGUUUCUUACGUGGGCAGCAGCGUUAGCAGGAAUGCCACCAAAAGGCUCGCGGCAGGUGGAGGAUGCGGUUGCAGUAGAGGAGAUUGUAUUUGAGCGGACGGAGCAAGAGGAACAAUGCGACCGCAUCUUCAAGGACCUAGAUAAGGCAUUUAAGAAGCUCAAUAAGCUGACCAAGCCGGAUAAAAUACAUGGCCAGAUCAAGAGCAUCGUCGCGAGCUUGAAAGAGGCGAAAGCACUCAUUAAGGACUUUGAGCGGGAGGCUCGUGCGGACAAUAUGUCCCCUGGAGAACUCGCAGCACGGAAGAAGGUCCUGGUAUCCCAGCUGAAUGGUUAUAUCGAGAUGAAGAAGGCCUUUGAGCAGGCCGAGGGCAGCAAGGCGGACUUGAUGACCGGCGCUCAGGGCGAGGUGGAGCUAGGACUUGAAGGCAUGUCCAUGCAGGCGCUGAUGAACAAGGGGCGAAAGGACAUGAAGGAGACGGACGAGGCAUUGAAUCGUGCGCAGCGGAUUGUGGAGGACACUAAGGAAGUGGGCAGGCAGGUCGCUGCGACGGUUGGCGAGCAGACCAAGAAGAUGGAGGACAUCAUGGACAAGCUCAACGACAUGGAGUUCACCAUGAAGAAGGCGUCCAAGGUCAUCCGCGAUAUCACGCGGGGGCUCCUCACCGACAAGUGCAUUGCCUUCCUGCUGCUGCUGGUGGUGGUUGGCGUGGUGGCCAUUAUCGUGGUCAAGAUCAUCAAACCCAACCACAAGAAGGUGGUGGAGGGCGCGCAGGCGGCCAUUAGCAACAUCACGUCCGCCAUCAACAGCACUAGCGCCGGCAGCACAGCCAUCGGCGCAGUCUCGGGCGCGGCCUCGCAGGCAGCCGACGCGGUGAGCAGCGUCACGGGCCGGCGCCUGCUGCUGGAGAAGGCGUUGCGGCACGUGUUGGAGCUGAACGCGACGUUAUAGAGGGUUGCGUGUGGGGCCAGUGGUGUCCCAGCAGUUGGGUCGGGUAGAGGAAGGGUAACCCUUUUAGAGUCUGUGAUUUACGAUCGGGACUGUAGCUUGAACGGGGCAUGACGACUUGUUUAUGCCUGGUUCCUGUAAGCAAGCUGUGGUCUAGUUUUAGAGGCGAGGCGAGACGUAUGCGGAUGAGAAUUGUGACCCAUGGGUCGAAGCGUGGCUGCCUUGUAGGGCCAGGUCUCAACGAAGCCAUUGUGACUUGGUGCAUGUGCUUAUCUAUGUCCGGCCUUCUGUGUCCGCUUUUGGACUGCGAACGGUUUAUGACGGCGCUGUUCUCAUUGCUUUGCAUCAUUAUAUUGCAUGUUCUUUAUAUGCAUAGGGCUUUUGCUGUAUACGUUGUCAUGGGGUUAGGAACAGAUACGACUGCGACCAACAUGGCAAAUCAUUUCAUGUCUAUGGCCCGACACGGUUCGUAGUGUUUCCCUUUGUCCUCCUUUCCAUGGUAGGUGCGAUUGGCGUCGGCGUCUGCACACCCUUGCUGGGGCAGGGUGGGAUGCCGGGUAGGAGACCUGACUUCGGCAGCUUGUUAGCUGCCACGCCUUAUUCCGUCGGUCCACGGUUCUCCAACCCAGCGUUGGUAGGCCGGUUAC